AUGGCGCGCCCAGGCUCCGGCCUGUUCGCAGGCUACGAUCUAGAGAGCUACAGUUCCUUGCGCAAACUGGCAAUUGCGCUCCAGUAUUGGAUACACGGUGGCAGGAAUUACUCGGGCGCGGAGUUGGGGCAUCUAACUAAACUUCAGCAAGGUGCAGUCGAGAUGCUAGGUCAGAGAAUGGCCAACAAUCCAUUACUGACCCAGAUUAUCAUGCGGUUCCUCCAAGCACCUCGACCAGGCGGUCGUUACCAAUCACCAGUUUUGCUUGCGGCAGGAAGAGACUUGAGAGAUUACGCAGUCCCAGGAUCUGCAGAACCACGCGCUGCGGCAUACCAAGAUGCUACUAUUGCUUGGCAAAAGCGUUCGCCGUUACAGCCUCCCGAUGUACAUACACUUGCCAAUCACGCAGCUCUUUAUGAACAGACGCAGAGAGUUAUAGCAUAUGAAGAGAUAAUGCAAACUCGAGGUGUUGUCAUAGACGAUUACCCUACGGACGAAGGAGAAGACGGUGGCGGUUCAGCCGAAGGAGAGGUGGGAGAUAAGAAGAGCAAGAAGAGUUAUCUAGCCGAAGUUAGUUCUCAUUACGCCAUCCCAAGCCAGCCAUCUCAACAAGAUGAGCCGAGUGAAGAGGAGAGACCAAGAAAGAGGGUAUCAAUGACCAUGAAGCAAAUCAUGGCCGAAGCUGCCUCGCAAGGAAGCAGGACAUACAUUCCUCCUGCUACACAAACAUCUCCAUCUGGAAGCCGAAGAUCAACGGACCGCCCGCAACCAGUCGAUGAGGAAAUGAAGAAGAUGGGCCGAUCCACAAAAGCCACCAGUGGUAGAGCAAAUCGAAAACGUAUACUGCACCCUUGGCUCCAGAGUGAGAAAGAGACUGUGCUUGGCUUGAUACAAGAGCAGCUGGAAAACCAUGGAUAUCUGGGAUGGGACGCUGUUGCUAAUUCUUACAACAAAAUGAUGGCAGGAGUCACGCAAUGUCCGGGAGAAAAGCUCGCCACAUCGGGUCGUUGGAGAUCGGGCCUCUUGCGGGAGGUUAGGGUGGCGCCGGUGCGUAACGAGAAAGCGCUCUUUUUAAGCAGUGACAGAUGGAAGGAAUAUCAUGCUUUGCUGGCAGCUUACCCUCUGACUGUCGACGCAGAUAAGAAUAUUGAUGAAAAGGGUGAAAUCAUUCAGGAGGCCGUGGCAGAUUCAGAGUAUGGGGAUGAGGAGAUUACGAGGCCAAACAUACAACCUCGAGCUUAUCCCUCCGAAGCCAAAAUAUUCUUCCCUUUGGACCGCAAAAGGGAGAAUAGCUACCGGCCAGUAGAAGACGGGUCCACCUCCGGAUUCGAUUUUCAAUUCUCGAAAUAUUAUCAUGGCUUGUGCGGCACGGGUUUUACUUUCUGGAUUGCAGAGCAGCAUUUGCUGCAGAAUAUCCCCGUAAUGUUCUUCUGGGUCGGUUAUCAACAGUUUCGGGGGUGUAUAAAACUGUCGGCUCGAUUCGAAUUUUGGGCGAUUCUCAUCUUCAGGAUCUUGGCCAAACCUUCGGGAUGCCGUGUAGCUCUAGAUGGUCGUGGCCUGUAUUCAAUCCCUGGUUUAUCUGAAUUUGGAUCGACAUAUCAGCCACAACACCUAUAUAGGCAGGCCGCCCAGCAAUGGGAUGUCAUUGAACGGGGCUGUUACCCAGGUCGCAACGACACACGAACCCGCAUGACCGCCGUGCACGGAACCCAGGACCUUGCUGUUCUUUAUUCUCUCCUUGGCAUGAAGUUGACCCAGUGGAGCAAUGUUCUUGACGUGAGCUUCACCAAGAACAUGGCCAGCACUCCCGGCCAGACUCCAGAGCUGGACAGAGAUGGUCUAUGGGGGUGGAUCAAAGCUCCUUGGCUUUUGUGUCCAGAAAUCUGGGCAUAUUUCCCCCUUUCAAGAGGAAACUGUGCUCAAAUUCUUCGGCAUUAUGUAGUUACAACGGCGGGAAUUUGUUUUGCUGCGUUGGGCUACUGGGAAUAG